UUUCAUACACAGACAAAGCUUCCAUUUGAGAAAGGAUAAAGAGACACUUUUACUCUGGGAUAUUCAUUCCCUCUCUCUGUAUUCUUUUUGGGUAUUAGCAUCCUUUCAAGUUCCUAUUUUGAGCUGCUAUAAGUUUUUAGGACUCUAUAGGGUCUUGAAUUUUAGCUGAUACAGAAAAGGUACAAGAGGCUCUAUAGGAUAUAUACUCAACGACAGAACAAGAUUAUCUUUACUAUCUAGUCCAGGAAAAUGGGAGCUCCAUUAUCAGCUUGGCCAUGGGAGAACUUGGGGAUAUUCAAGUAUUUGUUAUACGGGCCAUUUGUGGCCAAAGUACUGUAUGAAAGGUUUUAUGAGGAAGAAGACUCCAACAACAACUUCAGCUGGUGCUUUCAUUUGCUCGUAUUGUGUGGUCUCAGAGGUUUUCUUCAUGUGCUAUGGAAUUCUUAUAGUAAUAUGCUUUUCCUUACACGAAACCGACGGAUUCUUCAGCAGGGGGUUGAUUUCAAGCAGAUUGACAAAGAAUGGGACUGGGAUAACUUCUUAAUUCUUCAAACAAUGAUUGCCUCUGUGGCCUAUUAUAUGUUUCCCUUCAUUCAAAAUCUUCCUGCAUGGAACCUUAAAGGUGUUAUUGCAGCUUUGAUUCUUCAUGUGGGAAUCUCAGAACCACUUUAUUAUUGGGUGCAUAAAAAGUUUCAUGGAGACUAUUUUUUCACCCACUAUCAUUCUCUUCACCAUUCAUCUCCAGUACCAGAGUCACUGACAGCUGGAAAUGCAACAGUUUUGGAGCAUCUUUUCUUGACGUUAGUAAUUGGAAUCCCAAUCCUUGGGGCUUCUGUGAUGGGAUAUGGAUCAGCAAGUUUGAUAUAUGGUUACGUUUUGAUUUUUGACUUUCUGAGAUGUAUGGGCCAUUGCAAUGUUGAGAUUGUUCCACAUCAGCUGUUCGAGAGAUUCCCAUUUGUGAGAUAUCUGCUAUAUACCCCAACAUACCACAGCCUCCAUCAUACUGAUAAGGACUCUAAUUUCUGCCUCUUUAUGCCUCUCUUUGACGCAAUAGGCAAUACGCUUAACAGCAAAUCAUGGCAAUUACACAAAUCAUUAUGUUCAGGAAAUAGUAGUAGGGUACCGGAUUUUGUUUUCCUGGCACAUAUAGUGGAUGUCACAUCCUCUAUGCAUCCUCAGGUCUGUCUCAGAUCAUUCGCAUCUUUGCCAUUCACAACAAGGUUCUUCUUGAUCCCAUUUUGGCCAAUCGCCUUGACAAUUUUGCUAGCAAUGUGGCUUUGGUCCAAGACCUUUUUAGCUUCUUUCUACUACCUCAGAGGUAGACUUCACCAAACAUGGGUUGUCCCCAGGUGUGGCUUUCAGUAUUUCUUACCAUUUGCUACUGAGGGUAUCAAUAAGCAAAUUGAGCAAGCUAUCCUCAGGGCUGAUAAAAUUGGUGUUAAAGUUAUCAGCUUGGCUGCUUUGAAUAAGAAUGAAUCUUUAAACGGGGGUGGAAAACUUUUUGUGGACAAACACCCAAACCUUAGAGUUCGAGUUGUUCAUGGGAACACCUUAACUGCAGCUGUGAUCCUGGAUGAAAUCCCUAAAGAUGUAGGAGAGGUGUUCCUAACAGGAGCAACUUCCAAGCUUGGAAGAGCAAUUGCCCUCUACCUUUGCCGAAAGAAAGUGAAAGUUCUGAUGUUAACUCUUUCAGCGGAUAGAUUUCAGAGGAUUCAAAAGGAAGCCCCUCCAGAAUAUCAAAGCUACCUUGUCCAAGUGACAAAAUACCAAGCAGCACAAAACUGCAAGACCUGGAUUGUUGGAAAGUGGAUAACGCCAAGAGAGCAAAACUGGGCUCCACGUGGAACACAUUUCCAUCAAUUUGUUGUCCCACCCAUCUUGUCAUUUAGAAGAGACUGCACUUAUGGUGAUCUAGCUGCUAUGAGGUUACCAGAAGAUGUGGAAGGCCUUGGAUGCUGUGAGUACACGAUGGACAGAGGAGUAGUUCACGCAUGCCAUGCAGGAGGAGUUGUACAUAGUCUUGAAGGUUGGACUCAUCACGAAGUUGGGGCCAUAGAUGUUGAUAGGAUCGAUGUGGUGUGGAAAGCAGCGCUUAAACAUGGUCUAAUACCAGUGUCUUCAGGAUCCACCGUCAAAAAAGGAUUAAAAUGUGAGCCAAAGAUUUGAAGACAGAAAACUUAAUUAGAAUUAAAGGGCUUUUCAAUGCUCUGAUGUGUGAUAAAUAAGAGUGGUCAUUUAAAUGUGGUUAAGUUCUUUGAUGUUGCUUUAUUAUUGUCGUUAAGUGUUCACAUCUGUAGUGGUUUAUCACAUAGUGAGGCAAAAGCAAGCUAGCUGGUCCCCCCAUUCCAUGAGUAAUUUAAUAUUGGAAUCAUUUCCUUUUCCAUUAAUUUAAUGUGUACAUUAUAAUGGAAAAGUAUAUUGAGAAGGUCAUGUUACUACCUUUCAAC